UUUGACUUUGGGAAAUCACCUUUCCAGUCAGUCUAUUGUACAGUGUCAACGGGUGACUUUUAUUUUGAAGGUGAACCACCCAAUACACUAUUGUUGCUCACGACACGGUGGUAACGGCGUCCGGUUGAGCAGAGCUCGCAGACAUGGCGAACAUUAGAAGUAUCAAGGGUAUGGUUGGCCUGGUGACAGGCGGUGCUUCAGGGCUGGGUCGGGCUACCGUGGAGAGGUUGGUGCAGCAGGGGGCGUGUGCUGUCAUUCUGGACCUUCCCUCUUCAGACGGACACACCCUGGCAGCCAGCCUCGGAGAACGCUGCACCUUUGCCCCCGCUGACGUAACGUCAGAGGCAGAUGUGCGUUCUGCGGUGGAGCUGGCCCGGCAGCGGUUUGGGAAGCUGGACCUGGCGGUGAACUGUGCUGGCAUCGCCGUUGCCGUCAAGACUUAUAACUUCAAAAAUGUUCCCCACAGUCUAGAAGACUUCACUAGAGUUAUCACUGUGAACAUCGCUGGGACGUUUAAUGUGAUCCGAUUGGCUGUUGGUGAGAUGGGGAAGAACGAACCAGACGCAGACGGACACAGAGGCUGUAUCAUCAACACAGCAAGUGUAGCUGCCUAUGAUGGACAGGUGGGCCAGGCAGCGUACUCUGCGUCUAAAGGAGGUAUCGUAGGAAUGACUCUACCCAUCGCUAGAGACCUGGCACCCAUGGGCAUCAGAGUGGUUACUAUAGCUCCCGGUCUGUUUGCUACUCCUCUCCUGGCAGGUCUACCUGAGAAGGUGCAGUCGUUCCUGGCCCGUCAGGUGCCCUUCCCGUCCCGCCUGGGAGACCCUGCAGAGUUUGCUCACCUGGUGACAUCACUGGCUGAGAACCCCAUGAUCAACGGAGAGGUCAUCAGGCUGGACGGAGCCAUCCGCAUGCAGCCCUGAUGGGGGAGGGUCUAGUGGGGAGUACAGUUGCAUUUCAGUCAUUUAGCAGACGCUCUUAUCCAGAGCCACUUAGUGAGUGCAUACAUUUUCAUUGGUACUGGUCCCCCGUGGGAAUCGAGCCCACAACCCUGGCGUUGCCAGUGCCUUGCUCCACCCACUGAGCCACACGGGACAUUUGGACACCAAAUGGAAUGUGAAACUGUAACACAUGUACCCCUACUGUAGCUCAAAUGAAUGUUUGUGUGUUUCUGUUGUUCAUAUCCACAGCACUGCAAUACUCCGCUAUGCUCUCUGUGGUUUUGUAACUAAUAAAAAACCUCAUCCUC